AUGGCCGAGAGUUUGGGGAAAAGGGAGCGGAGAAAGAGUCUGAGUCUGUUUGGGCCGUCCUCGACCACCUCUUCCCAACCCGGUCCCUCGCCCAUUGACCAAUCGCCCACAAACGAGGUUAAUGUUCUGAGAAAGAGACAACGCCGUAAUUCCGGUUUCUUUGGGGGCAGGAACCCCAGUCCCGUACGUACUCCGGCCGCUUUGCCCCUUCGUCGUCCUGAGGCCGCGGAUUUCGAGGCCGCUCCCGCUGUGACGUCGUUACCCGCUAUCGCCGUCGACGGCCCUCGCGCGCGCCGCAAAUCCCUCCAGAGGAAACGGACCUCCGUCUUCGACUCCCUGCGGUCGCUUCAUUCUCUCGACGAUGAUGACCCGUCUCGAACGCACCCCGAUGGAGAGGACGCCGGACAUGGCAUCGGGUCGAUGAUUUUACACCAUGGCGAGAUGCAGAUCACCGGGGGCAUGUGGAGGAAGAAAAGCCAGUACCUGGUGCUCACAGAUACCCAUCUUGUCCGAUUGAAAAAUCUCAACAAGGCCUUGGAGAUGUUUCCCUCAAUUCCUCCCUCCAUGGCUCGCACGGCUGCAAAUCGCCAGUCGAUCGCAUCAAUCAGCUCCCUGCAGGAUCCACAACUCGCGGCCAUAGGAGAUGCCUCAGCUGGGAUCCCCCUGAACAGUAUUGUCGCCGUGUACAUGCUGGAUGAUGGAAAGCCCUCCUCAACCGUGGAGGUCGCCUAUAUGGACGAGCGUGGACAAAAGACUACCUUCAUCCAAAUGCAAACCCCGGAUUUCGAGGAUCUCAACCUAUGGAUGGUGGGGAUUCGAUCCGCUGCGGAGAUGACUCGCGGCGCGGAGCCGAUGCCCUUUGACCGCCGAGGCCUGGAGUGUGUAGUCAGGAUGCUGGAGCAUGAACGAGAUUAUGAUCCGGACACCUUUCGUAUGUUUCGCGUCAUUCAAAUGGCCUCCAGCAAGUCCCCGACGCGGGCGUCGUCGGACGAACUCACCAAACUGUCACCGACUGGAUGUUAUUUGGCCCUAGGAAUACACAAGCUUCACUUGGUUCCGCUACACAAGGUCCCGAGUCGCAGCUCAGCAGUGUCGCUGAGUGACUUGGAUACCUCGUCAUCCUUGGGUCUGAUGAACCUGUCAUGUCUGUCCAUGGAAUGGGGCGAUGACAGCCUCCAUCUGACGUUUCGGGUUCCACUUCAAAGGCCCUGCUCAAUCUUCCUCGCCUCCGUCCAUUCGCUUGAAAUCGCCUUCUGGAUCCGACAACAAACGGAAUUUCUGCGUCCGUUGUGGGCCAAGCAACCCUACGAAUUUAUCGUACCCCGCGAUCUCAAUAACGACGACAAUUUCCCCCCGGUGUGCCUUGACGAGGACUAUGGCUGUUUCGACCGGACGCUGGUAGCAUACUGUGCGAGUUAUGACAUCGACACGUCCAACAUUCGAUACACAAUCGAUACCCAAUGCGAUGACGCACCUUGUUUCAAACUCCUCCGGCCCGCCUCCCUCCAUCAAAAGAAAUAUACGGCCCUCGAAUUGAUCGCUCUCUUGCGCGCCCUGCGGUACAAUGAAUCGUUCCAGUCAAUUUCGUUUAAUGGUGUCAGUCUGGAUGCCCUCCAAGGCUUGCGCGAUUUGUACGGCAGUGAUAAGGAUGCUCUUGUGACUCGCGCAAACACCCCAGUUCAUAUACCCGGCCAGGAAAAUCUAUCGGUGCUGUCCCAAGAAGUCCGCGCUUUGACCUUGAAGAGUAAGUGGCUCCGGCGCCUCGACUUUUCGUACACUCUCAGCCGAACGCCCAAGUCGGAUAGCGAGAGUCAUGACCCGGGAUGUGGCAUUCCUGAAGCGAUAUUUCCCAUCUGCCGGCGCGAACUCACCAGUGUCGACUGGGUUGUCUUGAAUGGAAUUAAACUGGGAGACUCAGAUCUCGAUUACCUCGUCGAUGCGGCCUCUCAACGGGGAAGCCACCUGCGAGCCCUUGAAGUGGGUAAUUGUGGACUAUCUGUUCACGACCUUGAUCUUCUUCUUUCGACAACUAUCGCUCAAGUCUCGACGAUGGAAUCAAUCAAUAUAUCCGGCGCCCAAGGCCGUGUAAAACCAGAUAUGUUACAGCAGUAUCUCGGCUACUUUGGUCAAAUCAAAACGCUUGACCUAUCUCGCAUUUCCCGGACCUCGGGGUUGGAACCCCUCAUCAGCGCUGAAACACUGUUUCAUUGGCGUCUCGAAGAACUUUCCUUGAGCCGGACCACCCUGAACCGGGAAACCGUGGACGCCGUGGCCACAUAUUUAGCUAGCGACCGCUCUGAGCGGUUGAGGGUGCUGCGACUGGAUCAAUGUGGACUCAGUGGACAAGAUGUUGCCAUUUUCCUGCAUUCCUUGGCUGCCAUCGAAGAAGGGCGCGACCUUCACCUCCAUGUUAAUGACAAUCGACUCGAUCUUGGCUGUUCAUACCUGAGUGAUGCAAUUGCCCACAAUAAAGCCCCUUCUCACAUGUCCAUGAGAAUGAUUGAUUUCAAAAAAGAGGAGCAAUUCCAGGAGUUAGCGGAGGCCUUGCGCAAGAAUCGCACAGUGAAGUACCUGGACAUCUCGAAAGCAUCGCUGCCAUACGAUGCCGGCCCAGAGACCUGCAAAUCCUUGCAAUUAAUGUUUGAGGAGAACGAAACCCUGGAGGAUCUGGACAUCAGCGGAGACAGUGCCCAUCUGGAUGUGGCUCGCUUUGGAAUCGGUCUGAACUUAGCCCUGACUGGUUUGAAAAAGAACCAGUCACUGAAAGUCCUGAGGAUCGAGCACCAGAAACUGGGAUUACAAGGUGCGAACACUUUGGCCUCGGUUCUGGAACAAAAUACUAGCCUGUUGGAGGUUCAUUGUGAAAACAAUGAUAUCAACCUCCAGUCCUUCACGGUUUUAGUCAAUGGGCUCCAAAAGAACAAAUCUCUCGUGAGCUUGUCGAGUAUGGAUCAUGACCGACUCCACUCUCUCGAGAAGGUCCGUCGGGAGAUUGAGAAUGUGAAGCGGGAUCUGAAUCUCUGUCAAACUUCGACUACAAGUUCUAUCCGCCGAUCACUCCAUGCUGCGAUCAAUGUGAAGCAUAUGUCAGUAGGACAUAAACUGACCAAGCACCCUCAUGGACCUGGUUACGGUCGCUCUAUGGCCAACUCCCUUUCCGCCGCCGAGGCCCCCACACUCUCUGUGGAUCACGAUGUCGAGGUUAUCUUGCGGUCAUUGAUCCAAAAGUGGGAUGCAGAGGUGUCCCGUCUGCAUCGAUACCUCUUUCGCAACUACCACCUCGCUAACGGGGUCGAUGAGAGUCUCGCAGGACUUUCAGGUGAUGAUGCUGCUAGCGACGGGCGUCCUGCAACAGCAACGAGCCUUGGGACCAUGCUGGGGAAACUCAGGUUAGACAUGACGAUGUCUAAAAGCGAGGAUCAUUCAAUACCGUCACCUAGCACGCAGGUUGCUCCAAGAAUCGACGAAGAAGGCCAAAUUGGUCAUCUGGAUCCCCUUCAAGGUUCUGGCGCGGGGAGUAGUCAGGAGGCUGAACUCCAACACGCCUCCCAGAUCCCGCUGUCCGAGUAUGCCGCGUCAGGUUCAGGAUCGUCCAGGCUUGCAAUGCUAGUUCCCUCGAUGCCUCCGCCGAUCAGCAAGUCCAGCAGUGUCCGGAGCGCUCGUAGCUCCAGCACUGUAUCCACCAGUACAGGUACUGGAAGCGCGAGGAGUGCAUAUGGGACGGCAUCUUCCACACUACGAGGCUUCCUCAGUUCGUCAAAGGAUCGCAAGAAGAUGGAGAUGAUGAAGUCUGGAGCGGUGUGUGUAUCAAGUGAUAGACCGCCUACUUUGGACUGGUCACCGCCCCGCUUCGACCUAGGGGACUUGCGGUAG